AUGAACAACGAGCUCGCGUCGUCGGCCCCGAACGGGGCGCAUUCCGAAAAGCAUGCAGAUGCCACAGAGUUGGGUACUCAAGGAUCCCCCGGCGACCUUGGAAACGGCAACUACGAAGCCACGUCCAUUAACAAGACCAGUCCGCGCAACAUUCAUGGAUGGAAGUGGGCCAUCGCCUACGCUGCCAUGCUCUCCACGACUCUCCUCUUCGCUCUCGACAACACCAUCGUCGCCAAUAUCCAGCCGGCCAUUGUCAAUGACUUUGGACACCUCGAGCUUCUGUCAUGGAUUGGCACUGGCUUCGCCCUCGGCACCAUGUUCAUCCUUCUCUGGGGCAAAUUAUACGGCGUGUUCAACAUCAAGUGGGUCUACAUCUUCAACAUCUUCCUAUUUGAGGCUGGUAGCGUGAUCUGCGGUGCGGCCCCCAACAUUGAGGCCCUCGUCAUUGGCCGUGUCAUUGCCGGUGUCGGUGGCUCGGGCAUGUACUCGGGUACUCUGACCUACGUCUCGGUCCUUUCCAAUGACCAGGAGAAGCCUGCCUACCUUGCGGGGAGUACCUUCGUUUGGGGUGUUGGCAGUGUUCUCGGUCCCGUGGUCGGUGGUGCCUUUGCCGCAAGCAGUUCCACCUGGAGAUGGGGAUUCUACAUCAACCUGCCCGUUGGCGCUGCUUUCGCGCCAGUCUAUUUCCUACUCUUUCCAAGCGUCGACCCUCACCCCUCCAAGACCCUCACAGAGAAAUUCCGUCUGAUGGACUGGGUCAACGCCGUCAUUUUCCUCGCCGGGUCUUCUUGUCUGACUGUCGUGCUCACCUUCGGCGGAGUCGUCUACCCUUUCAACUCCGGAACCAUCAUCGCGUUGUGGACCGUCACGGGUGUUUUACUAGUCGCCUUCUUCGUCAUGCUCAAGUUGCAUCCGCUAGUGACCCAGGAGAAUCGACUAUACCCUCUGCACUUCUUCAAGAAGCCGACCUUGAUCAACAUGCAGCUUCAAGUCUUCUUGUCGUCUGGCAUCAUUCUGGCGAUGACAUACUACAUCCCGCUCUACUUUCAGUUCGUCAAGGACGAUGGACCUCUCCAGGCUGGUGUUCGUCUACUUCCAUUGAUCAUGUUCAUGGUCGUCGCGUCCAUGGCCAACGGCUUCUUGAUGCCAAGAUAUGGUCUGAUCCCUGCCUGGUACAUCGGAGGCAGCUGUCUUGCAGUGGUUGGAACCGCUUUAAUGUACACCGUAAAUGAUACCACAUCGAAUGCGAAAAUCUACGGUUACAACAUUCUCGUCGGAACUGGCGCUGGUUGCUACAUCGUAGCCGGAUUCGCCAUCGCCCAAUCUCUAGUCCCGGUUCACGACAUCGCCAACGCUGUGGGAGCCAUGACGAUCUCUCAGGAUCUCGGCAUCGUUCUCUUCCUCACCAUCAGCGGUAGUCUCUUCCACAACGUGGCCGUCGACAAGGUCGGCAGGGCGCUCACAGGCGUGUCUACCACCGAGAUUGGCAACCUCAUCGCGGGAUCUAGCAGCAACGCAUUUCAGGCCCUCACAGACGUAGAGAAAGCCCUUGUAACCCCCGAGAUUGCAAGUGCCAUGACAAGUAUCUGGGCCUUUUUCUUGGCGGCUGCUGCUUUGAGUGUGGUAUGGUCCGUACAGCUGCUGAAAGCUAAGCUCGGCGGCGGCAAGGAGUCGGAAGCACUAGUCGCGGCAUAA